AUGGAGUACGUAUGCACAAGGGUCUUGGAGAAACUCGAUGGAAAGCAGGACCAAUGGCUGGAGGCACUAUUCUAUCCAUGGACCGGAUUAAGCCCGACAGGAUUUAUCGAACCGAAUUUGCCAGAACUUGUUCCAAAGAUGAUCCUUCUCCACAGCCGUAGCCUCAUCGAGAAGGUGGCCUCAAUUUUCAAGGAACCCGCUGACGUUCUCUGCAUUCGACAACUGGAUCACAUUUUAGCUGCAAUCUAUAUGCAGCUUAGCGACGAACAUUUCCAGCCCUGCAUACAGCUCUUGCUUAACCUUAUUUCAAAGCCUCUGGGCAUCGCCGAUUUGACUACACUUUCCACGGAAGGAUUACUCUGCUGCCUCAGCGUGGAACUUGGCCACGAGGAUCCAUUGAAACGCGACAAGGCCAAGAAGGUCAUUGAAUUUGUCGAGGAAAAAGUUUGGGAAAAUUCCAAGCGGGAGCAGGCGGCUCAAGGAAAGGUUGCGGAGAGACCGCCUUUGGCGCUGUUUCUGAGACGACACGUCCUCGCGAUCUUGGCCGAAAUGAACAAUGCAAUCCAGGAUACGUCGCAGAUAGUGCCACUACGAACAAAGGCGAAAUACCUCCGCAGCCUUAUUCCUUUGGUGCAACUAUUGGAUCCAAUCCAAAACUCAGUGCUUUCUCAGAUUUUCUCACCACUGGAUAUUGCACUGAAUACCCGAGGCCUGCGACUCCAUGCUCUUCUAAUGCUAAAUGGUGUCCUUCAUCUGGUCAAGCCCGCGCAGCUUGAUGGAGUACUCGGUCAUGUAGUCCACACUAUGAUUAAGUACUAUCCCAGCUCCAACGAGAAGGAGCGUGCAGUCGAACUGGAGAUCCUACAGUUCCUCAUUUUGCAACUUCAAGUGGAGUUGGGCGCUGUCUUACCCGAUGUCAGAUAUCUACCGGAUCUUCCAGAGUUUGAGGAAAUGAACAGAGUUCUCAAGGAGGUCAAGACACGUUUUGAGUUCGAACCACAGCUCAAGCGCCUGAUCGACCGCUCUGCGGACGAGCGCGCCGAGUUAGCAGAGCAGGCGAUAUUGGAAUUGCGAGAAUUCUUGUUGGCGCAUGAGCACCAACUGCUGGAAAUGACCACAACCAAAGACAAGGAUGUCGCCCCUAUCGUAAAUGAUUUGAUCCGCGCCCUUUUGUCUGGGAUCGGACGGUUCAGAGGAUUGGACGCGCCAGUUCCUCGUCGAUGCAUAGAAUGCCUAGGAAUUAUUGGAGCCGUAGAUCCAGCCAAGUUAUCGACAAUGCGGCUGAUUCCGACUCCACCAGGUCAUACGAACUUCAACGAUCCAGAGGAGGCCAAAAACUUUGUUUGCCGGCUGAUCGAGGUGCAGCUCGUUGGCAGAACCCGAUCAAUUGGCGACAUCACCUCAGAAAGCCAGUGGGCGUACGCACUCCAGACCCUACUGUCGUUUUGUGGCAUCAAGUCGGGCGUACUGGAGGCAACGAUGGAAGUACUGACGCCGAGGCGCUCACUCCCGGGUGCGCCGUCCUUCAAAACUCCUGCAGAUCGCUGGAAAGCAUUUCCACGCCAUGUGCAGGAGGUCUUGGAGCUUUUGAUUGAUGCCAAAUAUUCCAAGCCAAAUUCGACCGACCAGCGGACCUAUCCUAGUCCUCUCUACCCUCAUGUCGGCACCUUCAAAGAGUGGCUCACGUUUUGGACACUUGCGCUAAUUGGAAAAGUCUCUGGUCGGUAUGCUAAGGAGAUCUUCCAGGCUUGCAAGAGCGUUGUUCCGUACGACACCAACACGUGCUUGUACAUAUUGCCACAUCUGGUCCUACUUAUUUUACUGGAGGGAACCGAGAACGAUAGGAAAGAGAUUGUGGAGGAAAUGGCUGCUGUUUUAGGAAGCGGCAGAAGCUGGAGACAGGAAGGCGUGGAACAAACGCUCGCUAUAUCAAAGCAAUCAUUUAGCGAGCUCAAUCAACUCGGAUCGCAGACGGUCUUUGGGCUCUUUGAUCAUAUCUCGAAAUGGAUCCAAUUGAGAAAAGCCCCAACUGGCAAGACUCCAACUCCUCGGGGCCACCCGACAGCGAGCGAUCUGUCUCAAAUCGCGGCGAGGGCGCAGGACCCUACGGUCAACAUUGUACAAGCCCAUUUGACAUCUAUUUCUCACGACGUGAUAGCAAUGGCCUCGUUCAAGUGUAGGGCAUACGCGCGCUCGCUUCUCCACUAUGAGCAAUGUAUCCGUGAUGCGAGACAACAGCGGGAGCUGACAGAACUGGAUUUUCAGACUCUAUACGAGAAGCACCAGGAGAUUUACGCUCACAUGGAGGAACCGGAUGGGAUGGCCGGGAUUUCAGGCCUGAUCACAAGCGGCAGUCCGACCCAGAACCUCCUUCAAUGCGAGAGUGCUGGGGGCUGGAUUGAAGCGCAGGCAUAUUAUGAACUAGGACUUCAGGCAAAUCCAGGAAAAUACGAGAAUCACGCAGGCCUGUAUAAAUGCCUUGAGAACCUUGGACACUUUAAUACGUUACUAACUGGUGUCGAAGGGGACAUCCAGACACAUCCUGAAUGGGAGCAGCAACUUAACAACUGGCGGAUUGCGUCGGCCUGGAAAGUGCAGAAUUGGCAGUCGUUGGAGGUGGCCCUCUCCCGAUCUGUGCACUCGAGCUUUGAAACUGGGCUGGGGCAGCUGGUUCUCGACCUUCGAGAUAACAGAGUCGUGGAGUUUGAGGAACAUCUCCAGCAAGUCCGUGCUAUGCUGAUUGCGCCUCUUGCCGCUGCUAGUAUGGAGAGCUACGCUCGCGCGUAUGAACAUAUAGUUCAACUUCACAUGCUGCAUGAGCUGGAAGUCGCUUUCAGAAGCUGCAAUUUGAAUGUCUCGCCGUCGAAUAAGCUAGGAUCCCAGAUUGUCUUGUCCUUACAAGAAGGAGAAACCUACGUUAGUCGACUGCGGCUGUACGAGCCGACCUUGGAAAGAAGAUUUGAAUCAAUGGCACCUUCUUUUAGGCUGCGUGAACAAGUCGUUCGAUUGCGCCGGGCCGCUUUCUACGAUAUCAGCGACUUAAAUUACCUGAAAGAGUCCUGUGGACAUCUCUGGCUCGAGUCAGCCAGGGCAGCUCGAAAGUCCGGUAAUAGCCAGGUCUCAUAUAGUGCUAUGCUCCACGCGGAGGAGUUCAAGAACCACUCCGCUGCUAUCGAACGUGCCAAGUGGGAGUUCAUCCAUAAACAUGAGCGUCAAGCGAUCAAAACCAUUGACUCAGCACUGAAGCGUGGUCGCCGCGCGGCUCCUGUUUUUAACACGGAAUUGCAACGGGUGCAAGAUCGAGAGAUAGACAGAAGUCAGGUUGGCUAUAUCCGCGCUAGGGCACAUCUGCUAAGGACGCGGUGGGUGGACAGAGGCAGCCUUGUCAGUCCCAAUGACAUCUUAGAGGGGUACCGACAGGCAACAGUCGAGUGCGACUACUGGGAAAAGGGAUACUAUGCUGCCGGACAGUACUUCCUGAAACUGUAUGAGGGCACUCGGCGUUACAAGGCCCGUCCACCGACUCUUGGGUAUUUAACCACCGCGUGUCGUCUUUAUGGCAAAGCCUUGACGCUCGGACCAAAGUACCUGUACCAAGCGCUGCCCAGGCUACUGACAUUCUGGCUCGAUCUGGGGUAUCAGGCAAUAUUGCCCAAGGCGGACGCUGCUAGUAUCGAAUUCCAAAACGUCAACAAACUAAUGGAGGGAUUGGCGGGGUACCUACCCGAGUACAUGUUUUUGUCUGCGUUCCCGCAAAUUAUCUCACGCAUUUGUCAUAAGAGUCCGGACGCAUUUGGGGUGCUGCAGCAUAUCAUUGUCAACGUUGUGCUUGCAUUCCCCGACCAAGCAAUUUGGCAGAUGGUCUCAGUCUCAAGGUCGGUCGUCGGUGAGCGCAAGCGCGUUUGCAACAAGAUCCUUGAUAACGUUCAUCUUCGACCGCAGAUAGGCGCAGCCACUGUGGAACAGAUCAAAGAGGCUCUCGAUCUUUGCGACAACCUGAUCGCGCUUUGCAUGGCACCCGUGCCGGACAAGGUUGAUAAGCUGAGCUUGGAAAAACAUUUUAGCAGGCAGUACUCGCAGCUUAGACAGCACUACAAUGUGACGGUGCCUUGUCAGCGCGCUUUAUGGCCAACCCUUCCAGAGUCGAGUGCGACGGUUGCUUCGCAUCAGCCAUUCAAGUCGAACCUCCCCAAGGUUGAACGGUUUAUGGAUGAGGUUGAAGUCAUGUCCUCGCUGCAGAGACCUCGUAAGAUCACGAUCGUAGGAAGCGAUGGGGUGAAUUACACCUUCUUGUGCAAGCCCAAGGACGACUUGAGAAAGGACGCAAAAGUCAUGGAAUUUAAUGGCCUCGUCAACAUGCUGCUCAGGAAGGAUAGGGAGGCGAGCAGAAGAAAUCUCUACAUCCGGACGUACUCUGUAAUCCCUCUGAACGAAGAGUGUGGACUGAUCGAAUGGGUUCACAAUACUAUCCCGUUCCGACACAUUAUGCAGAAGCAAUACAAGAUCAAUAACGUGAAUUUACUCUCGAUCGCGGAGAUCAAGAGAAUUCUGGACCACGAAGACCACGUCAGGAUGUUUGUCAAGGACCUGCUACCCAGAUUCCCGCCAAUCUUUUAUCAGUGGUUCAUCGAUAUAUCUGCUGAGCCAACCGCUUGGUUUGAAACGCGUCUCCGAUACACGCGCACUACUGCUGUCAUGUCGAUGGUCGGAUAUAUUAUGGGACUGGGCGACCGCCAUGGAGAGAAUCUGCUGUUCGAUGAUCGGAAUGGGGACAUUGUCCAUGUUGACUUUAACUGCCUCUUUGAACAAGGCAAGACCUUCCCCAAACCUGAAAAAGUCCCUUUCCGACUCACGCAGAAUAUGAUCGAUGCCAUGGGCCUCUCAGGAUACGAUGGAGUGUACCGUCUGGCAUGCGAGCAGACACUGCAGGUGUUCCGAGACAACACCGAGUCGCUCGUAUCCGUCCUCGAGGGCUUCAUUCACGACCCGUUGGUGGAGUGGUCCAAGAGCAAGCGACGCGUGGCGGCAGCAGCAGAAGUGUCGGACCCACAGCAGAAUGAGAAGGCGCAGGCCAUCCUCACAAUUAUCAAGCGCAAGUUGAGCGGUACCGAGAGCCCGAACAUGUAUAUGCUCUCAGUUCAGGGGCAAAUUGAGGAACUAAUCCAGUCAGCAACCAGUGCUGACAAUCUGUCGAAGAUGUAUAUCGGCUGGUCCGCAUAUUUGUGA